UCUCUGCCUUAGUUAGUCGUGGCGAGGCGAUGGCCUGAGCAGAAUGUCGUCGUACUACAAUCAUCUUUUUAACUCGCACCCCCGCGCCCAAGCAGCCUACCUCGGCUACGGCAGCUACCCCCAGCACCAGCACUUCGCACCCCAGCAGCACUACUAUGCGGUGGCCGCCGCGGCCGCCGCCCAGGCGGCCUCCUCGCCCGGACCCACCGAACUGACCCCCUGUGGCAGCAUACUGGCCCCCUCGCCGGACAAUGCAGCGCCCAGCCCUUCAGUUUACGGACAGCAGCAGGCAUUCGAAUUGUCGACGGCCGCUCCUUUGGCCGCUGCAUCGUCACCGCCAUGGCACGGUUCUCCGAUCUACGGAAGCUCGUGUAACAGACACUUUGAUGACUGGCCAAACCCAGCCAACGUCGGACCAGCGCACUCGCCUAACAGCCCUGGAGGGCCAUACAAGUUCAGCCCGAGCCUGGAGUUCCAGCAGUGCCCUCCGCCGCCACCGCCCCCGCAGCCGCAGGACCUGAGCCAGCUGGGGGCGGCGCCCGGGGGUGCCGGCGGGCAGCACCCGUCGCCAGCCGACUCGGGGCUGGCCGGCUCUUCGGACGGGGUGUCCAGCUCGGCGGGGUCGCCGCAGUUGCACGGCGCCAACCUGCGGCCGUCCAGCGAACGCAGCCCCUACGAGUGGAUGAAGAAGCCCUCGUACACGAACCACCCCACCCCUGUUGAGCUGCCGGAGGGAGAACUGCCGGGAAAAACGCGGACGAAAGACAAGUACCGCGUCGUUUACAGUGACCAUCAACGGCUUGAGCUGGAAAAAGAAUUCCACUACUCCAGGUACAUCACAAUAAGACGCAAAUCGGAGUUGGCCACCACGCUGGGGCUCUCAGAGAGACAGGUGAAGAUUUGGUUCCAGAACCGACGCGCGAAAGAGCGAAAGCAGGUGAAAAAGCGAGACGAACUGGUUGCCAAGGAGAAGUUGGAUGCCGUAGUGCAAUUGCAGCACCCGCUCAUGUGACCAGCAGGGGCCCCCGGGCUGCCCCCCGGAGGACCCCCGGAGCCGUUUGACUUCAGUGAUUGAAAACUGUUGCGAGUACAAACUGCGAGAAGUUGAUGAUUACGAAUUAUGAACAAAACCACAGAGACUCAAGUUUUAAUUGAGAGAGACAAAAUGCAAAACAAGGCAAAAGAAAUCCACUCUGUACACAAAAGUAACAUAACACAAAAGAGCACGCGUUGUGCGGUUCGACUUAGUACAUUGUACCGUUUGUUGUUAAUUUUUUAGCCUUUAAGUACGUACCUUUUUUAUUUCAAUUUACACAUCCACCGCCGCGAGCCCUCCAUUUCCCCCCAGAACGAUUGAAGUCCUCACUUUUGAACUACAAUUUUUACAUUUAAAUUCGGUUGCUUUGUGUGCAAUUAAUUUGAUCUCAAAACAUACUUUGGCGAACUUAUACAUACUGAUGGGAAAUAUCUCUCCGUCUUUGAGUUAUUUUGAAAGAGGAAACCCAGCCAGGCGGUCGCGAUGUGUAAUUUGUAGAAACCGAGCAAUUAACUUAUUAUUGUAUCAAAAAGCAUGAGAUCGGUUGCUGUGAGAGUAUAUUUCAAAUCCAAAAACACUUUAUUUAAAGGAGUCCAUGUUAGGAAGCAGAGCCAGAAAAUGGAAGUGAAAAAUGUUAGUUCCGAUUUUACGCAAUAGUCAACAAAAUGCUUCAGGAUUCAGGAUUCGAUGUUACAUGUUUUAAUUUACCAAUAGAGACUCUUCAUAUAUUUUUAUUUUACAAUCAAAUGUGGAAACGAAUGAAAAAAUGUGCAAAUGUGGAAACGAAUGAAAAAAUGUGCAAAUGUGGAAACGAAUGAAAAAAUGUGCAAAUGUGAUGAUUAAGAGAUGGUUACAUGUGGAAAAAAUACAAUAAAAUGAGAACCAACCGUGCAACAAACACACA